AUGAACGAAUUUCCGGAAAAAUUCGUUUGUUGGGAUUGCGCCCAAAAAGCAGAAGGCAUCCAACCUACCAACGUCACGAUGACUGCUCUAGGGAAAGAGCAACAUGAAAAAAUUGCUAUCAGAUUCCUUAUUAUAUUUUGUAUUUUGGAAAGUAAAUCCUACCCAGAAGCGAUUAUAAAUAAGUUAUCCAAAGAUAAGCGCAAAGGCGUGGUUUAUUUUUUGGAAGAGAACAGAUACAUUACUUUUCGUAGAAAUAUUAAAAAACCAAUUGUGGAUUUUAAUGCUCUCAGAGAAUAUGUUGAUAGUAUUAAAAACGCUUUUGAGGAAGACACUUCAAGACUUCCUGAAUCUGAAGAGCCUGUCCCUAAAAGAAGUAGGACAAAUUAAGAAGUUAUUACAAAGGAAUAUCAUUUACUUAUACGUUCAAAUACAUUCAUAGUUUAUUUAUUUUUCUUGUUAAUCGUAAGAGUUAAAUUACUACAUUAAAUAAGUGUUAAUCCUUAAUAAUGUAUUGUAUAGGCAUCUAAGGGUGACUUAACACACUGUUCAACUUGUUAUUUCGAUUUAAAUUGUUAAUAUAUAUUGUUAAAUAAGUUUAUGUUCCAGUUAUAAAAAUAGUUAUCAGUUUUGUGUUCUCUUUAUGCUAAAAAUAAAUUUUUAAAGUUUACAAUUCUCUUUUGUGAUUUUUAUCCCACCGGAAACAAGAAAAGUAACAUAUAAAUUAUAUGUAGUAGCUACCCAUUUUAAACUAUAUUCAUUAAAAAAGAGUGCGGGUUAACCGACCAGACAGUCCACACAUGCUUGUCUAAAAAGCGCAGAAAUAAAGAGCAAUUCGCGAGUAUCGUCUAUAUAAAAAGUCGUAAGUUGUGACUAUAAAGACAUAAAAUUGUAAUGAACUCUUUGAAACAUCUCCAAUAAAAGUUACAACAGCUUUAUAUGGUUUAAUUAUUUUUUUAUGUACUUUUUAAAUUUUUCUUGAGAUAAAGUUAGGCAACUUUUUUUACACAGUUGUACAGCUGCAUGCUCGCCCCACCAUAAUAAGUAAUUCUUUAACAUAUAAAGUUUCUUUUUACUAUUUAUUUAAACAAAACCCUAUACUUUGAAUUAACUGACUACAUUACUAUUUUUUUAGUUUAAUUUUUGAUGCAAGUACGUAUUAAGUCCAAUACAAAAAUAAAAAUAUAAAGACUUUUUAGAACACCUACUUUUAAAUAUGUGUUACAAAUAAAUAUUACAGUAAAUAUUUCUUCAAAUCGAUACAGUUAUGGUAAUUAUUUGUCACAUGCUAAUUGUAACAGUUUUUAAGACAUUUAACAUAAAUGUGCGAAGAACUUGUGGACAGUGUUUGUCUCUUUAAUUAUGUUGCUGGGAAGAGUAUCAAAAACUUGUACAUUACUAAACUGAGUAGUCCUUUAGAAUGAAGGUUCUCGUGGGUUCAGUGGUGGUAAUUGCAGUUUUCAUAUUUAAAGUUACUUAUAGCGAAACUCGAUAUUCUAAAACAUUGUAUGAUCCUUGGAAUGAGUACUCUUUAGCAAAAAGAAGCGACCAACUUGAUAUAUGGCACGAUCAAGUUGAAAGAAAUAGUCGAUUUUUUGGCAUAGGCAUAGUUCGUUUCGAAAAUUCCAUUUGUGCUGCGUCAGAUGGGCUAAAUGGCACUUGUUAUACUCGAAGGCAAUGUACAAAUAUAAAUGGGGUGGCAUCAGGGAGAUGCGCUUCCAAUAUAGGAGUUUGUUGCGUUGUUUUUGCAACUUGCGGGGAUACAGCUUUAUAUAAUAAUACUUAUUUUGUUAGUCCAAAUUAUCCCAACACUUUUGACACUGCAACAUCGUGCACCCUUACGAUAAGGAAGUGCAAUGCGGGAAUAUGCCAAAUUCGUAUAGAUUUGUUAUCGUUUUCUUUAGCGCAACCGGAUGGUAAUGGGUAUUGUAUUUUUGAUGCAAUGUAUGUUCUUGGGGGCGCUUCAACAGUACCAGUUAUAUGUGGUGAAAAUAGCGGUCAACACCUUUAUGUCGAUUUUAAUGGAGACAACGACAUACAAAUAGUGAUCAGUACUACGUCAGCUUUGUCACAAGCCCGAAAUUGGUUUUUGAGAAUUGCGCAAAUCGAAUGCAACAACCCUUCCAGAGCUCCUAGUGGUUGUCUCAUGUACUAUACCGCACUGACUGGUACAGUACGAAGUUUUAAUUAUGGUUCCACUGUGAGCAGUGCCAUUUUGAAUUUUAACGGUACCAAUUUUCCUGGCACUCGAGAAUUGGCAAAUUUAAAUUAUGGCGUUUGUAUUCAAAUGGUACCGGGGUAUUGUGCCAUUCAAUGGUCCCAAAGUGCCGGAGAUCCUUAUUCUUUUUCCGUUUCCGGUGAUACCGUUGGUCUUUCUGUUGAUCCUGGUUUGCCAACGGGGGCAUUGAUUAAUGGCGCUUGUUUAGAUGACUUUGUGGUCAUACCAAAUCCAUUCUACCCCAAUGGAACUGCGGUGGGGUCCGAUCGAUUUUGUGGUAAUCAGUUUAAUACAGUGACCACUGGAUCGAAACCGUUCGUUUUAACGGUCGUUACAAAUUCUACUCAAAUUAAUAUGACAACAGACAUUACAAUGCAAAAUGUGGGAAAUAGGGGGUUUUCUUUAAUGUAUAAUCAGUUAUCUUGCGGUACAACAUUAGUAAAUAAUCCUUUAAUUGUAGGAUAAAUACAGUUAUUAUUACUUCGAUGUGCGUGUUUUAAUUAAUAUUAUCCUUCUGCAUUACUUAUUGAAAAAAAUAUUUUUGAGAUUUUUGUGCUGCAAUCAAAUAACACCCUGUAUGUUAAAAAUUCAAAAAUAAUAUGUUAAUAAACUUAUUCCACCAAUGAGAAUGCAAAUAAGAACGGACUAACCGUUGUUGCCAAAACUAACACAAUACUGUCAAAUUAAACAUAUUCUAUUAUCCAUUUUCAGAUA